AUUUGCCAAGGUAGUACAGAUAAGCAUCUCCCACCUCCUCAUAUUUCUUUUCCGGCUUUUUCACUUUUUUACUCUCUUUUCUUUACUCUUCUUCACUUUUACUUAAUGCACGGAUGACGGACACACAACAAUCAGUGAGAAUAUGGACCGGCAACGACGGAAAAUUUGAAGUCGAGGCGGCUUAUGUAGGCUUGUUUCAAAACACUAAAGUAAAAUUGCGUAAACAAGGUGGCGGCAUGAUCGCCGUACCACUCGAUCGUUUGUGUGAAGCUGAUGUGGCCUACAUUGCGGCACGCUCAGGAUUGUCCAGUCUCGCGCCCAAUCGCGACAACAAGGGAACAGCAACCGUUAUGCAAAAGCCAGACAAUCCAAAGGAUAUUACCAUCCCGUCGCCGACACUUAAUAUAUCGUUUGCCGACACAGUAACAUCAACUACUGCUGCUGCUUUUCAAUCGUCAUCGACCAAACGCAGACCUUCGCAGCCUCAUACCAAUGGAGCUAUCCCUCCAUUACCCGUGCAAUCAUCACCGCCACAACCAGAGACAACUGCUACUGUACCAAUAAAAGCAAUACAAGCACUAUCAGUUUCAACUAGCCUUCCUCCAGAUGGCUAUUUCUCUACUAGACCUCAUGAACAACCUGUAUCCACGCCCCCUGCGCCAAGUAUGGCGCAAGUUUCCUAUCAUUAUGCACAACCUCAACAGCAGCAAAUAAUAUCAUCACACACAGCACCAAUGAUCGGAUGUCCCGGUUAUUCACAAGAACAACGUUCCAUGUCCACACCCCCUCCUCCGAGCUUAAAUAUGGCAAACAUCCCUGUCGACUAUCCACAGCAACAGCAACAACAACAGAAUUAUGUCAUGUCUCCUCCACCAAUGACAAGUUACUCAAGCUAUUCUCAACAACAAUACUCAGUACCAGUCGAAUCGAACGGAACCAUUGAGACUCUAAUAUUGACUGAAAUUGAACACGGCGGGCCACAGCGCGUACGUGCAAUGCGCCCAGAAUCGAUCCAACUCCUCUCCCAACGUUCGCUUUCAUCGAUUACCGAGAAGCUCGUGCAUUCACCACAAGGCCAAUGGCAGCCACGACCACAAACACUGGCUGCUUUUCCACCCGCUGUCUUGACAAACAUUGGCCGCUUUCUCGAUGCACGGACGCGCGUUCGACUCGGAAGUGUUUGUCGCUCAUUUCGUCAGGCCAUGUUCCGUCCUCCCACUUGGCGACAUAUCUGGUUUUCGCGCCACGAUCUAUACAAAGUGGACACCGGCAUGAUUUACGCCAUGACACAGACGCUAAUGGGGUAUCAGCUGUACCACGCUGUAUAUACGAUAAACUUGGAUGGAUCCGCCGUCACUGCCGAUGCUGUUGUUCAUGUACUACUCAAUUUCUUGAGUCUGCGAACACUCUCGGUUAAAGGAUGCUGGCAAGUUCACUCUUUUCCUCUGGGUGGAAAACUGAUGCAAAUUGCAGCGACGGGUCAACUACGUGCACCAAUUCAAUUGGAACAAAUCGAGCUGGGCAAGGCGCUGCGACGUGGAAUAGAUAGAAAGGAAUUAGAAAACAAACCAAAUGCACCACAAUCAUUUGGACAAGAUGUGGCAGUAAUACGGACCGCGUUAGAGCAAUUGGCCAGUAGGCCUAUCCAGAUCGAUUGUUACUUGUGCGAUUUCUGCCAUAGCGGUGCAACUGGUCCUAUGCUUAUGUGUGUCGCAUGUGGUCCUAUGCCGAUCCACAAAUGUACGAACUGUGCCCCAAAAUGCGAUCGAUGCGCUGUACGUGUGUGUAAUAUGCCUCAAUGUCGUGCCAGAUCGAUUCAAAUCACAACGACAAAGUGCUCGCAAUGCGAAAAGUCUCUUUCGAUCUGUAACCAACGACAUAGUCAAGCGUGCGUUGAUGCAAAGAAGCCUUGUGAGAAGUGCCAGGGUGUAUAUCACGUACAAUGCCGCGCAAACGAUGGUGGAUACAUAUCCAACCAGUGCUCAAGGUGUGGCAAGGUCGCAUGCCCUACGUGUGAUUUGACAGGCUGUGCUGGAGGAUGCCUUGGGCAAUGGUGUCGAGACUGUGUGAAUGACGCAGGCUUGGCCCACUGCAAAUGCUUUGUGUUGGAACGGAAAACUGGUGGCAAAAUGCGUAAACGGAAUGUUUGCAAGAACUGUCGAAAAGGGUGUGCAAAAUGCAGUACGACUGGAUUCUGUACACGAUGUUUAGGUGUGCAUUCAAAGCAAUGUCGUUAAAAACAAUAGCAUUUAUAAUAUUUACAAUAAUUUGUAUUUUACAACAUAAACAUAAACACUUAUGCAUAAUUUUGCAGGCAA